UCCCUGGAACCUAACCCCCCCCUUUACAUUAAUUCUUAUGGGGAAAUUGGAUUCAUUUAACAUCAUUUUGCUUAAAGUUGCAUUUCUCAGGAACGUAACUUCAACAUUAAGUGAGGAGUUACUAUAGCUUGUAGGCGGCCAGGAUGCCUGUGGGCCCAGCAGAGCACCAGUGUUGCCAAAGGUUAUCACCACAACUUAACCAUUGAUGCAAAGCAGUCCUCCCAUGCCUUCCCACAAUCCCGCUGGAAUCUCCCCACUGGCCUCCACUGAUUCCCAUUUGCAACUUGCAAGUGGUGACCCUGCCUUGAAGUUCACAACCAGGUCAUGCUGGGCAUGCAGGUCCUCGAUCCUCAGCUGCCAGUUCUGGUUUCUGAUCCAGAGAUGGAGGCCAAGGUGGGUGAAUCACCAUGUGUGGAACUGGCACCUGCUGCUUGGGCCCUGCCUUGGUCUGAGACGGGAUCGCCUCCAGCUGGAGAUCCUUCCCAGGAGGCAGAGGAGCUGUUUGAGCAGGUGCCGAACCAAGAGGAACAGGCUGAGACGGACACAGAGGAGAAACCAGAAUCAGAACCAAAGCCCAAAUCCAGCAGCAAAGCGAUGAGAGCAGCAAUUGGAGCAGGUGUCGGAAUAGGAUUUGCCGUCAUUGGGGCCCCAGUAGCAAUCUGGGCAGCAGGCUUCACUGGAGCAGGCAUUGCAGCCGGGUCGUUCGCUGCCAAGAUGAUGUCAGCAGCUGCCAUCGCCAACGGAGGAGGAGUGGCUGCUGGGAGCCUUGUGGCAACACUGCAAUCAGCGGGUGCUGUAGGACUCUCGCUAGGUGCUAAAGCUGGGCUGGGCACUGCACUAGGAUCUGUAGGGGCAGCUGUUGGCUCCUGGUUCUCUAAGGAUAAAUGAAAGCUAUGCAAGUCCUGCUGGCAUCUGAAGUAGACACUGACCAGUCCUGGAAACCCUUAAGCUGCAAAGCUGGGCCCAUGCAGCAAGCUGUGUGAUGUGGGGGGGUAAUUACUUCGUUGUUGCCUGGGAAAAGCUACUGCAAACGUGUCGCUUGUUCUGCCUUCUCUUGAACGGUUGUUGAGCUGCUCUGAUUAUGGUGUGUGUGUGUGUGUGUGUGAAAACAAUAAAGCUGGUUUUAAAUGGACAAACGGGUUAGUUUGAAAUUGAUGUGGGGAGAGUCAAAGCCCUGGGGAGCAUCGGAGGUGGUGAUAAGCAUCUCCCUUGGAGAGGCUUUGGAGUGAAUUCUGUGCCCAAUCCUACCUGGGUGGCAGGUUGCUGUAUCAGCGGAUCCUCCCGGUAUCUUUUCCCUCAAGCACACCUAGGGUGACCAGACAGCAAGUGUGAAAAAUCAGGACAGGGGGUGGGGGGUAAUAGGAACCUAUAUAAGAAAAAGCCCCAAAUAUCGGGACUGUCCCUAUAAAAUAAGGACAUCUGGUCACCCUACAUAUGCCUGUCCCCUGGGGGGGUUUUGAGAAGAGACAAUAUGCUGAAUAGAGAAAUCUCACAUCAGAUGCAUUGUCUGCUCCUGAGUGUGGAUGCUGCCAAUCCCUAGCGAGCCCCAUCCCUCGCUCUCAGCCAGCCUUCAGUCGCCCUCCUGGGUUUAAGAGUUUCUAUCAAUUUUACUCUCUUGCUGCACUUGAGUCAGCUAUUUAGCCCUCCUUCUGAAAUGCUGAUAACACUGUUCUUGUCGGUAGCCUGCUAAGAUCAAAUCAGUCUGAGUGCCUGAAAACUGCUCCCAGCCCGUUAGACUGGCUAAGCCAGAAGUCUCUAGCUUCUUGGGCACUGGCAUGACAGAAGAGAAGCACUAACCCCGUGGAGAAGAGAUCUGAUUCGCAGGUAGAAGUUAGUUCUGUGAUGUAAACAGCCUUUGUCAGAUGUGUUCAUCGGGGCUGGUGUGAGAAACCUUCCUCUGAAGCACAAAGUGUUGCUUAGCUCACGCAGCUGUCCAACGUGGCAAUAGAAACGUUAUCCACGUCUACCCCCAUAUAACACGAAUUCGGAUAGAACGCGGUAAAGCAGCGCUCCGGGGGGCGGGCGGGCUGCACGCUCCGGCGGAUGAAAGCAAGUUCGCUAUGACGCGGUUUCACCUAUACCACGGUAAGAUUUUUGGCUCCCGAGGGCAGCGUUCUAUCGGGGUAGAGGUGUAGUUGCAGUUAGUUGUCUGCAGACUGAACUAUGUGGAAGUGGAUCCGUGCACACGGGGAGCUAGUGUGAAUAUUCAGCCACCGCAGCGUGCUUCAUUUUGGCUCUAUUCCCACUAGUCCGACAGCCCCAUGCCGCAACGGGAGAAGGAGCUAGAGUCCAUCUCCACCUUGUGCAUCGUCCACAGACUUGCUUACUGCGGUCCAAACAGUUGCCUCUAGGAAACCGGUUGAAGACGGACGGGCUGCAUACGUGUGACUGGGGGCAGAACGCCACAUGUGGCAGCAGUGGCUGGUGAGGACGCAGACGGAAGGGAGGUACAAUGGCUCCCGAGCCGAUGCUGUUACGCUGGUGGGUGUGGAAGACGCGCCAGGCUCAGCCUCUCACUGCUAGUGCCUUGCCUUCGGUUGGCUUUAGUGCCCACUAUACAGUGAGGUUUAGUUUCAGUUCAGAUCCCAAUGGACAGUUCCCUGCAUCCCGCAACUGCAUUUAACUUGCUUCUAUCCCUACCCUUUGGGGGUAGUUGCAGCAGAGAAACAAAGGACUGAACGGACCUCAGACAGGUUUCUGAGUAGCAGCCGUGUUAGUCUGUAUCCACAAAAAGAACAGGAGUACUUGUGGCACCUUAGAGACUAACACAUUUAUUAGGACCUCAGACUGCGCUUCCCUCUCCCUCCAGCCCAGGUAUGUUGGCAGAGGGUCUGCUAUGUGAGGACAGCUUCCAAUCCAGGGCUGCCAAGCCACUAACCUGCCUUUUUACAAAGGGCCCCUUUUCCUGUCAGGGGAAGAGAAAAGAGGAGGGGGGGGGACGACUGUUCAGGGAGACUCAGGAAAGUUUCCGUUUUAAUUCUGCCACGUUUCUCUUGAGGAUCGCCAGUCAACUUGCAAACCAAGGAAGGAAACCUCACCAAACCUGUCCCCGUGAGGCUGGGGAGGUGUCACGCCAACAGCCCAUAGAAUAAUCUUUUGAAAAGGGUUUUGGGCCCUUGGUUAUCCACCAGGAAGCAGCAAAAAUAAAGAAAGAGGCAGAACUCGAGUGGCGUGUUUGCUCUGGGCCUCCUUUGGAUAACCUUUGUCAGACAGGCAGACCCAUGAGCAGGACAGGAAACUUUCAAGAAAAUGUUUUUUGUUUUGCACACAGACUGUACCAUCUGGCUCUGAAUCGCAGGGGCGAGGAUUUGGAGGGGGAGCGAGGGGUUGAGCACACUUGGACUGCUCACAAGUGAAUCCUCCCUAAACCUGUGUUUAGAAGGGAGCGUGGGGACCUUGGCAUUUUCCCUGCCUUCGGGGUGGGCUGCUUGUCCUGCGGUCUAGACACCCACCCAAAAGCUGGUUCACUGUAUAAAGCCGAGUCCAGUGCUCCCUAUAUAUAGCGACGUCCCUCGGAGGGUGCACCAGUCCUCUGUCCCAAGGCUGAAGGGCCAACGAUACCCAGGUAACAGACUCAGAGCCACACGCAGCAAACAUGCUUGACAGUCUUGUUACUUUGGCUGGAGCAGGCGUUGCAGCAGGCGUGGCAUGCGUUGGGAUCCCGGUAGCACUCUGGGCAGUCGGCUUUACUGGAGCAGGCAUUGCAGCUGGGACCCUUGCUGCCAAGAUGAUGUCAGCAGCGGCCAUAGCCAAUGGAGGAGGGGUAGCGGCUGGAAGUGCUGUGGCAGUGCUGCAAUCCAUUGGUGCCGCAGGCCUUCCUGCAGCUGCCAAAGCUGUGAUAGUAGGUGUUGGGGCAGCCGUCGGUGCCUUAGUCUGAAAGCUACAACUGCUCCUUUAUGCUCUAGAAGACGCAACGACUCGUCCGCUGGCAGUUUUUCAAUUGCACCAUCAGGCUAAUGCAACAAGUAGCAAGUUAGAGAAAUGGCUUUGUAGUUGAAUGCAAAAACAAGUGGCCUGUAGAAACAGCUCCCGCACGUCUGUUGCUUGUUCUACCUUCUCAACAACAGACGUCAAGUUCUGUUGGGAUUAUGGCUGAAUUAUUGCUGUUGGCUGAAAUGUGACAAAUCAAUAAACUUUUGCAAAUUUAAAUGCCCUGAGUUGUUAUGGCUGAAAAUGGUUGAUUGUGUGUCAGUGAAAAAUAGCUCACCGAAUGUGCGCACACACUUUCAUGCCAGUGUAUUGCCAGGACCAAGGCAAAGUGUUGUCAAAGUGAAAAAAGAGCUAGAAUCUCUCGGCCUCUGCCAGAGGUAGAUCCAUCCAGUAUCCUCCUCUGAGCCGGCUUUGCAAUAAGCCUGGGGUUUAAUCUUGUGGCCACUCACCAUGGCUACGGCUAGCCAUUCCUAGCUCAGUGGCAGGUUACUCGGUAGAAAGCUGCCACCUCUGCUGACUGUCCUUCUUGUUUCUUGAUGACUCAGCUCUAAGACACGCAAUAAAGCUCGAACAAAAGCAACCCCUACUACUAGGGCCCUCGGGGAGUGGAUUGCUGCAGCCCGUCCUCCAAGCCCCCAUUACUGUGACAGGCUCAAACCAAGAUGAAACCAUUCCCUGUCUAGCCCGGACAUCAGAGUUACGUGGGCAUUAAAAUCAAAUCGGAAACAGAGUUUUGGGCCAUGUCACUAAAAAUCCCUCCUAAUUACACACCUUUCAGCCUCUUGUGAUGUCACCAUUUCACUUGCGUCUGAAGAAGUGAGGUUCUGACCCACGAAAGCUUAUGCUCCCAAUACUUCUGUUAGUCUCAAAGGUGCCACAGGACCCUCUGUUGCUUUUUACAGAUUCAGACUAACACGGCUACCCCUCUGAUACUUAACACCAUUUCACUAGUUCGCCUUGACCACUGGAUCGUCUAGGCUAAUGUAACAAGCAAAAAAACCCCAACCAAGCAGAAUUUUAAACCACAGAGGUCCCCUUUAUCCACUCUACAGCCGCACAGAAGAGGGCGGCACCCCGGGGAGGGUCCGUUGUUUUGCAGCUUAUAUCUACAGACUGUUUCUUGGGCCAGGAGACGGGUGGGUGGGACUCUGCCCGGCUAGGAUGUGGCAAGGACGGGGUUUGCUGUCUUGGCAUAGAAGGACUGUACCACCUGGGUCUGGAUCACAAGGGGAGGCACUUCAAGUGGUUUUAUCUAUUUGGGCCCUAAGAACGUUAACAUGCAGAUUCUCCGGAGUCCGUGUGUCCAGCGGCAGGGAGGUUAAAGGGGAGCAGGGCGUGGGAUCUUGCCAUCCCGGCUAUUAAUGGGGGAUGCGACGUCCUCUCUGCACACACACCCAUGUAGUGGCAGACGCCUGGAAACUGGGCUCCUGAUACAGCUGCAUCACACAGCAAUCAAUUCAUUCUGCUCACCGGACGCUGGAGACAGUCCCUGAAAGACGAACUGCCGGGCAAGUGACUGAUGCCUUUAAAUGAAAUCCUAAUUUGACGGCCCAUCGUUCCUGAUUCAUGUUACUAAUCGGGCUUUGGAAGAAAGAUUCUUUCAGGGCUGAAUAAAGUCCAGCUUGGGCUGGAAAAUAGAAACCUAAGAAAUCAGUUUCGUUUCCUGUGUUGUUUGCGCACAUAGCUGUAAGCGGGCCUUCUGUUUGGGCCAAUCAGCGUAGAGAAGCCCUGUUAGAGCUUGCGUAGCUACAGCCGAGAGGGGGGCAAAUCCUUCCUCAAAGCAUCUGAAUCUCUGUCUUCUACCAGCUUUUAGGGGAGACAAGGUGGGUGAAGUAAUAGCUCUUACUGGCCCAACUCCUGUGGGUGUGAGAGAGGAGCUUUCGAGCUACACAGAGCUCUUCGUCAGACCUGGGACGUACUCCGAGCGUCACAGCUAAAGGCAAGGGCUGACGAAGCGGAGCUGCUAUCCCAGUGAUCAGGGUGUGUGGGUCAGAGUCUCAGUCAUGGUUGGAUUUAUCCCCAUUGCGGUUGGAGCAACUGUUGGAUUAGGAGUUGCCACCGUUGCUGUCCCAGUAGCACUCGGGGCAGCAGGCUUUACUGGAGCAGGCAUUGCAGCUGGGACCCUUGCUGCCAAGAUGAUGUCAGCAGCGGCCGUAGCCAACGGAGGAGGGGUAGCCGCUGGAAGUACUGUGGCAGUGCUGCAAUCCGUGGGUGCUGCAGGACUUUCUCUUGCUACCAAAGGUGUGGUGACAGCUGUUGGGGGAGCACUUUCAUUCUUCUAUCCAAAGUGAAAGCUACGACUGCUCUGGCCGCUGCAGCCUGCCUCUUGCUUGUCCUGCCUUCUCCACAAACAGCCCUUACACUCGGUUUGGCUGGUGGCUGAAAUGUGAGAAAACAAUAAAAGCUUUUUGCUGAUUUAAA